CUUUAUAUAUCUUUUUCUUCAUGCAAGCAAUAUUAAAUUCAUUAAUGGAUAAUGAAGAAGGUGGUGGAGGUGUGGCAAUGGAGGAAGGAAGAGUGGAGAUUGACACAAAAGCACCAUUUAGUUCAGUGAAGGAAGCUGUCAUGAUGUUUGGAGAAAGAGUUCUAGUUGGAGAGAUUUAUGCCCAGAGACUUAAUGAGAUGAGGGGUGAAGGAGAAAAGAGAACCGAAAGCUUUGAUCAUUCAAGGCCGGGUUCGGUAGCUGAAGAGCUAGUAGAGACGAUGAAGAGCCUCGAGAGAACUCGACAAGAAAGCUUCGAAAUGGCUUACUGUUUGAGCUCUCUCAGGGAAGAGCUUGAGAGGACUAAGAAGGAGCUCAAUGUACUCAGAUCUAAGGAAUUAUUUGGUAAACAAGAUCAAGAUGAUAAGUUCAUGAUCAAUUCGGACAUUUCAGUAUCGGAAUCAAUUCCGACUGAGAAGAAGAAGAUUGAUAAUAAGAAGCAGAAGAAAAUGAAGCCAUUGAUCCCUUUUUUUGGAUGCAUAAUUCCUAAGAAGAAGUACUCACAAUAAUUAAUUAGAUAAUUUGUGUUCCUUAAUUUUGCUUUCUUAUUUAAUUUUCUGAGAGUUUUGUUUUGUUU